AUGGGGGUCAAAACUGAUUUGCAACCCGAGUAUGGAGAAAGACGUACUCGUUUGCCUCCCGCCUUGGAAUUUGUCAAGAGCAGAGAAGAGAGGAUUCAAGACUUCUUGGCCUUAAAUCACAUGAUUGUCAUUACCUUAAUGCAAACAAUUUGCUCCCUUGGCAAUCGUUCUGUUUUGGGAAGCCUUGCAAGAUAUAUGAAAGUGCUAAAGGGGUAUGUUCAGAAUCGUACUCGUCCCGAAGGUUGCAUUGCUGAGCGGUAUAUAGCUGAAGAAGCUGUAGAGUUUUGUACCGAGCAUUUAUCUGAUGUUAGUACAGUUGGAGUGCCUUCAAGCCAAAAGAUGGGAGUUUCAAAGCCAUUAUCAGGUUGCACAGUGAGCGUAGUUGAUCGGGACCUGUUGAACCAAGCACAUCUAUAUGUCUUGGAGAAUACGGAGGAAGUCCUACCUUAUAUCGAGCAACAUAUGAUCCACAUCCAGACCGCUUAUCCAAAAUUUAGAAAGAGAACAAAGUGGCUGCAGGAUAAGCACAAUAGCACUUUCAUUCAAUGGCUACGCUUCAAGGUUCAAAGUGAACUUAAUGAGGACAAUCAUGGCGUAUCAGAAAAUUUAAGGUGGCUAGCAGCUGGUCCAAACAUGGCAGUGCCAUUAUAUAGGAGCUAUCUCAUUAAAGGUAUUAAAUUCAACAUCAAGGCACAAGAUGAUGUGCGGACAACUCAAAAUAGUGGAGUUUAUUUACUUGCACAUACUAUGCAAGUUGCUAGUGCCAAGGAUAAAAACCCAAUUCUCUCAAAUAUGGGUUUCUAUGGUGUCAUUCAAGAAAUUUGGGACCUUGACUACCAAAAGUUUACAAUCCCAGUCUUUAGGUGUGAUUGGAUUGAUAAUACUUCUGGUCUUGUAGUGGACGAACUUGGAUUUACCCUUGUAGAUUUGAGUAAAAUUGGACAUAGGAAUGACCAAUUUGUUUUGGCUUCUCAAGUCAAACAAGUAUUUUUUGUUGACGACCCGAUGCAUCGUGGUUGGUCGGUAGUGUUAUCAAUGCCUAAUAGAGAAUAUAAUGAUGUUAUUGGUGAUGAUGUCUUAGGUGAUGUGAGAAUUGAGUGUGAGCCAUUUACUAGGGGGAUGCCAAAUGUUGACACAUUUGAUGAAGUGGUGGUUGAGUUAGGGAGUCAAAAUAUUCGAGAUGGGUGUGAAGAUAUAUGGGUUGAAUGA